GUAGAAGAAGAAAUUUAGCUACAGUUGAAUUUGAAAACGGGCGGCAGUUUGACGAGAAGAAAACACAGGACAAGAUGACCGCAGACAAUGAAAUUGAAAUCAAGGAAGCGUUUCAGCGAGCUCAGAGGGGCCACAAUAACAAGGCCAAGCUGGUAGCGAGCCUGAAGAGCCGCUACAACAAGCUCGAGGACAAAACCCCUUUCCACGAAGAGUUUGUCCACUACCUGAAGUAUGCAAUGAUUGUCUACAAACGAGAGCCUACAGUUGAGAAUAUAAUCGAGUUUGUCGCAAGGUUUGCCACAAGUUUCCAGUCUCCACCUAAAACAGAAGAGGAGGAGCAGCAGCAAGAGGAAGAAGAGGAGGAGGAAGAAGAAGCUGAGGAUGAUCAUCCGUUUCUGAGUUUCAUCUUCAACUUCCUGUUGGAGUCUCAUAAAGCAAAUAGUCAUGCUGUGCGUUUCCGAGCGUGCCAGCUGAUCAACAAGUUGCUGGGCAGCAUGGCGGAGAACGCCCAGAUUGAUGACGAUCUGUUUGAUCGCAUUCACCAAGCCAUGCUGGUCCGAGUCACUGACAAGUUCCCCAAUGUGAGGAUUCAGGCUGCUUUGGCCAUGACUCGCCUACAGCAGCCAAAGGACCCUGACUGUCCCACCAUCAAUGCGUACUUGUUGAUUUUGGAAAAUGACACCAAUGCUGAGGUGCGACGUGCCGUUUUGUCCUGCAUUGCAAUGUCCCCCCGGACCCUACCGAAGGUCCUCAAACGCACUCGGGACAUCAAAGAGAAUGUCCGCAAGCUAGCCUAUCAGGUUCUUGCUGACAAGGUUCACAUUAAAGCUCUUACUAUCGCUCAGAGAGUUGGCCUACUGCAGCAGGGUCUCCACGAUACCUCAGAGGCUGUGAGAGAAGUGGUUUGCAGUAGUCUUGUGCCGGCCUGGCUGCUUCGGUUGGAUGGAAACGUCAUCGAGCUGCUCCAUCGGCUGGAUGUGGAGAACUGUUCAGAAACUGCUAUGAACACACUGAAAGCCAUUUUCAAUAGAACACCCUCUGAAGAGCUGCUGCAGAACAGAGAACAGCUCGACAACAGGAAGCUGAUCCCAGAAGAGUCUCUAACCUGUGAAAAUGUGCUUUACUGGAGAGCUCUGUGUGAGUUCAUCAAGGGUAAAGGAGACGAUGGCGAUGAAAUGUUGGAGCAAGUGUUGCCCGAUGCUGCAACAUAUGCCGACUACCUCUGUGGCUAUCUAAAGGCAGUGCCUGUGCUGUCAGAGGAGCAAAGGGCUGACUUUAACCAGCUGGAGCUUGUCAUGACCAAAGAGUUCAUCUCACGGCAGCUCAUCCAUCUCAUUAGUUGCCUCGACACCAAUGAGGAGGGCGGCAGAAAGCGCGUGCUGGCCGUUCUGCAGGAGAUGUUGGCUCUUCCACAGACCCCCUCCUCCCUAGUCUCUCUGCUCACCGAGAAACUCCUCACACUCAUCCCCGACGAGCACAGACGCAUCCAAACUAUGGCAGAAAUCAUCUCGGAUGUGAGGGAGCCCAUCACGGAGGCCAGUCAGCCAGUGGAUGAGAACGAGAACCGUCGGCAGCAAGUCCAGCUUGCAGAAGUGAAGGUGCGUAUCUUGGAGGCCAAACAAACUCUGGAGGACUGUAUCGCAGCUCAGGAUUUCAGCCGAGCAGCAGAGCUGAAGGACUCCAUCACAAACCUGGAGGUCCGCAGGAACCAAAUCAUUCAGGAAAUUGCAGAAAGCAACCAGCCAGCUGACAAGGACUUCCGCGCCGAAAAGAAUGACCCAGAGACUCUUUUGAGGUGUUUGAUGAUGUGUGCUGAACUGUUAAAGCAGAUGAACAUCAAGACUCGAACUGGUCCAACCAUCAGCGCCUUGAUGUCCUCGCUGAUUCUACCCAGCAUAGCAAAUGCUCACCCUGCUGUGCGCAACAUGGCCGUGGUGUGUCUGGGAACGUGCACUCUGCACAGCAAGGAGCUGGCCAAAACCCACAUGGUUCUGCUGCUACAGAUUGCUCAGCUGGAUGAGGUAAAGAUCCGUAUCAGUGCUCUGAGAGCCAUCCUUGACCUGCUGCUGCUGUUCGGCUUCCAGCUGCUCUCUGAACCUGCUCCCACCCAACCGGCACAACCUGCUCAGUCACCAGAAAAGCAGGAUGACGACGCAGCGCUGGCCGAAGACAAGGGCGAUGUCCCAGAAGACACUGCACAGAGUAUACUUGUGAUGCUUUCGGAGUUCUUGGACAGUGAGGUGUCUGACUUGCGGACAGAGGCUGCAGAGGGCCUAGCCAAACUGAUGUACACGGGACGCAUCUCUAGCGCCAAAAUGCUCUCACGUUUGGUGUUGCUAUGGUACAAUCCUGUAACUGAGGAUGACACCCGUCUACGACACUGCCUUGGCGUCUUCUUCCAACUCUACGCCCGCGAGAGCAGAGUCCACCAGGAAGUUGUGGAGGAAGGUUUUCUACCGACUGUUCGGACUCUCUUGAAUGCCCCGGCCACCUCUCCGCUAGCUGAGGUGGAUAUUAACAAUGUGAUUGAGCUACUUGUUGAGCUGACCCGCUCAAGUGCGCUUAUUAAGCCUUCUUCUAACACAGAGGAGGUGUGUGUUCAUGACUACUUGGCAGUGCGUAUGUGUGGGGAGAUGCUCAAAGACCCCAUAGCCCCUGAGGUUCGUCUCUAUGCCAAGGCUCUUUGUAACCUGGAGCUCAGCAGGGACGAAACGGUCAGGAAGGACCUGCAGACGCUGCUGCAGCAGCUGGUACAGGUAGUGAAGGAUCGUGUUUGCCUCCGUGCUCUGGAGAAAAUGAUGCAUCAGUUGGUGGACUCAAAAGAAGAGACUGAGCUCCUGAGCGCCAGCGCACUACAACCACUGGAUGUUAAUGCAGAUGAGGCUGCAACAGACGAUCCAUCAAAAUCUGCCAAGAGAGCCAAAAGAGGUCAAAGGAAAGUCUGCACUGCCAAAGGGGGCAGAAAGCCAAGCAGGAGGGCAGAGUCAUCAGAAGAGAGUGAUGGGGAAAAUGUGCCGGAGCCAGCUGCUGCGGUGCGUCCAUCGCGGAGGGCCAAGACGGCAGCUUUGGAGAAGACAAAACUGGAUCUGAACCCCCUCAUAGAUCAGGAGGCCAAUGUGUCAUAAAAGUCCUGUCAUUGAUAGCUUUAUUUAAAAGGAAAUAAAUGUUUUUUGUGCUUUUAGUUCUUUGGGUACUCUACCGGAACUUAAUUCACAAAUAGCUGUCUUUUAGUAAUUUUUUUUUUCUUUAUUAAAUACUACAUGUAACUUACCUGUUGUCUUAUUGUCAUUUUAUUCAUUAAAGCAAAAUAUAUUUGAUGUAAAAACUGUCAUCUUUCCUCCACAAAUUAUGUUGUAAAAGGACAAAUUCAGAGUUUUAACAGA